AUGGUCCAUCAGUUUGAGCAGGAAUUUGAUCUGACCAUUCUCCGGCCCACUCCCCUCGUGGAACCACCAUCCGGCCCUGAAAUUCCCCUCAUGUGGUGUCAAGAAUGGUACAGUCUUUGGCAGUCAAGGAAGAGAUAUGACCAUGAUGUUCAAACACCGAUAAGUUUCAGUACUAUCCCGUGGCUCUCAUUGGAUGCCAUCAAUUCCUUGCAAGCUGCCUACAUGUCAGCAGACAAAAAGGCCGUCUACCAAUCAUGCCGCCCAACCGACAACUUGUCCUUUCAGUUGUUUGCAAAAGGGAUGGUAGCACGUUUGGGUGACCACACUUGCCCCUCCGUAGCCCUCUUGGAUUGCCAUGUUCAUUUCCUGGAUUCCGCCCUUGAUCAAAUGUUCUUGGACGCUGAGAACAACUUCCAACACCGCAAACUUUCUCUCGCUGGCCUUGUUAAUCUUACUCUUUGGCUCGGAUGGCUCCGAUCCUCAGAGCGUUUUGGUCUCAAUUAG